CACUUUCCGCCGCUGCAACUGUUUGUUGAUUGCAGACAGCACCCUUCUUCUAUCUUAAUUAUAUGGAGGCCUUAAGCUUUACUCUUUCACAUCCAGCUUUUCUCCGUUCCAAUUUGUCAAAUCCAUUGAAAUCGCCCAGCAAUGACACUUUCAAGGCAGCUACCACUAAGCUUAGGAGGUCUGUAGUUUCCGCUACCCUCUCCAAAUCAACGGCUGAGGUCUCCGUAAAAGCAUCACUCGCGCCGCCAUUGCAGCUAAAUCCAUCGCUUCCCUCAUUGUCUUUGUUGAAAGUAUCUCCUGAUUCUCUCCAAUAUCCCGCUGGAUACCUAGGCGCAGUGCCCGACGGCGUCGCCUCUUCCGGUGGUGAUGGUAUUCCUAAUGCCAUGGAUUACUUGACCAAUGUUUUAACUUCUAAGGUUUACGAUGUUGCUGUUGAAUCGCCGUUACAGUACGCACCCAAGCUGUCGGAGAGAAUGGGUGUGAAGGUCUUGCUGAAGAGAGAAGAUCUACAACCCGUGUUCUCCUUCAAGCUUAGAGGAGCUUACAAUAUGAUGGUUAAGCUUCCAAAGGAACAGUUGAAAAAAGGGGUUAUUUGCUCAUCUGCUGGAAAUCACGCCCAAGGUGUUGCACUAUCUGCUCAGCAGUUAGGGUGCAAUGCAGUGAUUGCGAUGCCUGUUACUACUCCAGAGAUCAAGUGGAAGUCAGUUGAGAGACUUGGUGCUACAGUUGUUCUUGUGGGUGAUUCAUAUGAUGAAGCACAAGCAUAUGCAAAGGCACGGGCUGAAGCUGAAGGUCGUACUUUUGUACCUCCUUUUGAUCACCCUGAUGUUAUUGCGGGUCAGGCCACAGUUGGAAUGGAAAUUAUACGUCAAAUGAAAGAACCAGUGCAUGCUAUUUUUGUGCCUGUAGGAGGUGGUGGGCUAAUUGCUGGUAUAGCUUCAUAUGUAAAGAGGGUUUGCCCAGAGGUAAAGAUUAUAGGUGUGGAGCCUACCGAUGCAAAUGCCAUGGCAUUAUCAUUGCAUCAUGGAGAAAGAGUUAUACUUGAUCAAGUUGGAGGUUUUGCAGAUGGUGUUGCUGUCAAAGUUGUUGGUGAAGAGUCCUUUCGUCUAUGUAGAGAAUUAAUAGAUGGGAUAGUACUUGUCAGCCGAGAUGCUAUUUGUGCUUCUAUAAAGGACAUGUUUGAGGAGAAAAGGAGCAUUCUGGAACCUGCAGGUGCUCUUUCUCUGGCUGGAGCUGAAGCUUACUGCAAAUAUUAUGGUCUUAAGGAAGGAAAUGUUGUGGCCAUAACCAGUGGAGCCAAUAUGAACUUUGAUCGACUAAGAAUAGUGACUGAACUUGCAAAUGUUGGUAGGCAACGGGAGUCUGUUCUUGCAACAUUUUUGCCCGAGGAGCCAGGAAGCUUCAAAAGUUUUUGUGAACUUGUUGGUCCCUUGAAUAUAACAGAGUUUAAAUAUAGAUAUAACAGGGAAAAGAAUAAAGCAUUAGUUUUGUACAGUGUUGCUCUUCAUACUGUUCUUGAACUUGGAGCAUUGGUGGAGAGAAUGGAGUCUUCUCAACUUAAAACCAUUAAUCUGACAAGCAAUGACUUGGUUAAAGAUCAUUUGCGUCAUCUGAUGGGUGGCCAAUCAAACGUUGAGAAUGAACUUCUUUGUCGGUUUGUUUUCCCUGAAAGACCAGGUGCAUUAAUGAAAUUUCUUGAUGCAUUCAGCCCAACUUGGAACAUUACCUUGUUCCAUUACCGUGGACAGGGCGAAAUGGGUGCUAAUGUAUUGGUUGGCAUUCAAGUUCCACCAAAUGACACUGAUGAGUUUCAAUCUCGAGCUAACAAUCUGGGUUACGACUAUGCGGUUGAGUCCAGAAAUGAUGCAUUCCAUCUCCUAAUGCAGUACUGAGGUAUCAGCUUUACGGAAAUCAUGAACUUGUAUCAUUUGACAGCAAGCUGUUCAAUUAUUUUUGUGUAUUAGUUGGAUGUUCCAGUUUCAUCCAGAAAGGGGCUAAAUUCCAUUGGCAUGUAUAGUAUAGUUGGCUGAACUUGUAUUCUCUAAUUAUUUGUUUGAUAGGAAAAUGAGUUAGUUCUUAAAACUUUCCUGCAAACUUAUGUAUUAACCAUCACUAAAACAACAAAUCAACAAUUUUCAUUUUAUUACCACCAUAUCAAAUCCUCAAUUUUCUUCA